AUGGCUUCGUCUGGUAGCUUUUCAUACGACGGUUUCCACACGUCGGACUUGGAUAUCCCCUCUGAUUACGAGCUAGUUGUUAUGGAGAUGCAAGUUGAAGUGGAAACUUUGAGAAACCACAUGAAUAAGGAACUCAUGGCAGUUAGAGAGCAGUUGGCGCUCAUGCAGAAGAAGUUUAACUUCAGUUUGUGGAUUUUGAUUCUCAAGGAAUUUAAAACAACCAGGUCAGUUAUUUCAUUAAAGAAAAAACAACACACGCACAUCACAUAUCUUUUUCUCUCAUCUCCGCCGGUGACCUGCACCACUCACCAUAUCGACGCCGGCUUUCAGGAUAUUGACAUACAGGAAGCAUUUGCAAGAAUACACAUCCCGUAG